AUGAAAAAAUUAAUACUUGUACUUGGUGGUUCUACUUUUAUGGGUAAAGAAUUAUUACAAGAUCUUUCUUAAAAUGAGUCUUAUGAAGUUCAUUAUAUAAAUAGAGGAAAGAAUUAUUGGAAUAAUGCAGUUAAUUAGAUUAAAAAUAUUUAUUAUACUUAUGGUAAUCGAGAAGAUACAAAUGAUUUUACAACAUUAUUAAGGUAUCUUUAGAAGAAACUUAAUGUUGGAAUUGAUGGUAGAAAAUGGGAAACAGUUAUAGAUUUUUCUGCAUUUUAUAGUAAUUAAGUUAAAUCUGUAUAUGCUGCUUUAAGAGGAUUAUGCAAUUUAUACAUAUUUAUAUCAACAGAUUCAAUUUAUGAUAUUUGUAAGAUCAAAGAAAUUCCAAUAACAGAGGAUUAAGAUUAAAGAAAAGAUUUAUAAGAAUCAUAAAAGAAAAGAGAAAGUUAUGGCCAUGUAUUAAUUAAUUUGAAUAAAUUAAGAAUAAAUUAAAAUGUGAGGAGUUUCUUAAAAAUUAUGUAAUCGAAGGUUCAUUUCGAUAUGUUAUAUUGAGAUUACCUGAUGUUAUAGGACCUUUUGAUGAUUCUGGAAGAUUUUUUGCUUUGGUGAAAUGGCUUAAAUAAAAUGAUAAGUAUCCAAUUUAAGUGGUAAAUGUGAUGAAUAAUAAAUUAGGAUUAAGUUGUGUAAUCAGAAUAAAUUAGUUUUGUAUAUAGCACAGAUGUUGUGAAUUGCAUUAAAUAUUUCAUUUAAAAUAUUCCAUAAUAAAAUUAAAUUUAUAAUGUUUGUUUUGAUGAGACAAUUUCAUAUAUUGAAUUAGCUUAGGUGAUAGUAAUACUUUAAUAAUAAAUUUAGCUUAAUAAAAUAUCAGAUAAAUAAUUAAAUAUUAAACAUGUAACAGAAGCUAGUAAAUUCUAUCCUUCAGUUGAUUGUGGUGUUAUAAAUAAUAAGAAAAUUAAAGAAUUGGGUAUUCAAUUUACUCCUUUAAUGACAGCAUUAGAUAAAACUAUUGACUUUUUUUUAAAAGAAGCUCAUAAUUAUGAAGCAGAAAAUAAAGCUGCUAUGGAUAAGCUUAAUAGAAAAUUAAAUGCUUGA